UUUGUAGGCUGAUAAGGAUCCUUCCUUACGUGUGUUUAUUCUAUUUGUGCUUCAUCUCAAGGAAGCGUUAGCUGAAAAAAAUUAAACGUGUUAGUCUCUAAGCAUAGCUCGUCAUUUUUACCGGCAAACUGCCAAUUUCUUUUCAUCAAGGAAACGUAGACUGUUCCAUUUUCAGCUAACAAUUCGCAAAAUGAGAUAUUGCACCUUUUUUGCCAUCGUCUUAUUGAUGAAGUUAGUUGCAGGAAAUGAGGCUGAUGCCAACACUGGUCCAGUGGUAAAACUUGAUGGUGACAACUUUUCUACAGAAUUAUCAAAAAGUCAUCACUUUGUUAUGUUUUUUGCCCCCUGGUGUGGGCACUGUGAACGUUUAAAACCAACAUGGGCUGAGCUAGCUAGCACUGUUCAGUCAAAUCUGGAUGAGAAAGUGGUAAUUGCAGAAGUAGAUUGCACCACAGCAACUUCUCUUUGCUCCCAACAAGAUGUCACUGGCUACCCAACAUUGAAAUUCUUCUCAAAAGGAGCAGCAGAAUCCCAGCGCCAUAGGGGUCCAAGGGACCUGGGUUCAUUGCUGAGCUUUAUUAAAGAAACACUAGGAUUACCAGAUAAUAAAGAGAAGGUUGUUGAAACAAACACUGAGCCUCUUAAGGGUGCCGUUGAACUUUCUGAAGAUAAUUUUCACGACCAUGUUGCCUCUGGAGAACACUUCGUGAAAUUUUUUGCUCCAUGGUGUGGACAUUGCCAAAAAAUGGCAGGUACUUGGGAUAGUCUUGCCCAGUCAGUUGGACAGGACAAUAGCGUUACAAUCGGAAAGGUGGAUUGCACUCAGUACCGUAACUUGUGUAACGAAUUCGAGGUUAAAGGUUACCCAACUCUUUUGUGGAUUAAAGACGGAAAGAAAGUUGAAAAAUACCAAGGAACGAGAACCCACGAAGAUCUCAAAGCUUUUAUUGAGCGCAUGAAGGGCGGCGAUGGUGAGGCUGCAGAAGCAAAGACUGAAAAGGCAACUGUGGCUACUUCUAGCCCUGUUGUCCAGCUUGUGGACUCAAAUUUUGAAAAUGGAAUUGCAUCAGGAGUGACAUUUGUUAAAUUUUAUGCACCUUGGUGUGGUCAUUGUAAACGGAUGUCUCCUACGUGGGACGAAUUGGGAACCAAAUUUGUCGGCAAAACUGGAGUAAAAAUUGCCAAAGUUGACUGCACUGAUGGAUCGAACCGGCAGCUCUGUGCCGACCAAAAGGUCAAUGGUUUCCCCACAAUGUUCCUCUACUCAAAUGGUGCAAAGGUAGAGGAAUACGACGGAAACCGUAGUUUAGACGACAUGUUUUUUUUUGUCGCCAAGCUUUUGAAUGAAAAGCAGGAGAAAGAUGAGCUAUAGACCUGUGUUUACCUCAAGGAUCGAUUUUCUACAGGAAAUCAUAUCCUAUUUUUUAAGAAAAAAAAAACUUAUGUAGCUACACAGUUAACUUCCAUAAUUUUCCCUGUUAAUCGCCCUGAUCUAUACUUAUUGCAUUAUGUUAUUGCAAAAAAUUGCAAGUGUUAAAAACAAA